CUUUCCAGUUCAGUGUAUUUGGCUUUAUUGAGCAGCAAGCAAGGCCUGGUAUGCUCCGUGCCAGUGCAGAGCUCCUCCAGGGGAGGCAAGUAAUCUGCAAAGAGCCCUCCUCUCUCUUCAGCAGGUUCUUAUGCCGUGUUCUUCAGCUGAGUUUUGUCCAGAGCCUGCUGAAGGUCCUUCARAAAGUAUCAGUCUGGGUUGGAUUUGUGGUCCCUGUGGAGAUUAUUGUCAGCAAGUGUCAGCCCACACAGUCUCCCAACAGGCCUGGAUGGCUUGCUAAGAAACGCCGAGGGAGACUAGCACGCCUCCUCUCUUCUGUCAUCCCCACGAGAUUCCAAAAUAUCCUGGGCCAUCUGCCAGCAGAUUGGGGCCAGAGCAACAUGCCCAAAGAAAUCCUAGAAACUCUGAUCAAUCCAUCUAACAAAGCAAACAAGAGGAAGAGGGAUGAUGUAGCUCUGGAAGAACAGGAGUCCUGGGUGGUGGUGCUAGAGAAAGACUUGCUAGAAGAUGACUCUGAAGACAUCACCUACGAGCCAUCAGAAGUGGAAACAGAUAGUGAGGAGUACAGGUCCCAGAAUGACACUGAGACAGACUUGGAGUUUGAAGAGCAGGAAGGGGCUUUAGUGCUGAAGGAAUCAUCAAAUCUCCAGGUGGAGGAUGUACAGGUGGAGAACACGGGUAGCAACAGUCCAGAGGCCCAGGAUGUGAGCACAGAGGGGCAAUCGGUGGCUCCAACUGUCUCCAGCAGUGGGGAAGACGCUCCAGAUGUCACUAGCAGUGAUAAUGAGGAUGCCCGAAGGYCACAGGCUGAGAGCAAUGGUGAUGGCAGCUCCCAGGAGCAGGGAGCUGAUGCAGAUCACAAAGGGAGCAGCAGUUUGUUGCAGAAUGAGGAUAAACAGGAACUCUGAUCUCCUCAUUGUGCCCAGGUCUCCGCAUUGUGGCUAUGAGGUGCCUGGUUCUCUGUGGCCRCUGCGCCAUGUGAGUAAACUGUCCAGUUGAAUGCUCUGUUAAUAUUUUUGAACUUAACAAUAAAAUUACCCUAUUUUUUUCAUGUGAAUCAAGAAGCAAUUGGCUCUCUGGAGAUGGCA